AUGGACGCGAUGGACGUCCCAUGGGGCGUGCAAUACGAGCUCGCGCGUGGCGUCCUCGCCGGCGACUGGUCCUGGUCGGACGUCACUCGCGAGCGCCUCCUCGCCCUCCGCGCCCUCUCCCCCGACGCCCCUUCCCUCUCCAACGAGCGCCACGGCCCGCGCGUCCGCGAGGCCCUGCUCGCCACGCACGGCGCCCGCGCCCCAAAGCCCGCGCGCGUCGCCGCCUUCCGCGAGCUCGACCUCGAGCAGGCGGCGCUCGUCGAGGGCAAGGGGCGCGGCUUGGGCCUCAUGGGCCCCUGGGAAGAGCAGGGCAGCGCGGAGGACUAUUUCGGCGGGAAGAUACAGCAGGUGGUAAGGCUGACGAGGGAGGGGAAGGGGGAGUUUAGCUUCAGUCUGCUGCCGAUGCAGGCGCAGAAGAGGUCGUAUCGGCUCGCGCGAAGGUUAGGGUCGAGGAGGAUUGUGCAGGUGAGGUUGGACAAGGAGUAUAACAACCAGGCGAAGGACAAAGGGAAGGGGAAGGGGAAUGAGAAGGAGGGCGAGGAGGAGGAAGGAGUGGGCGUGGCGGAGUUCCUCGCGCAGAGCAAGUUCGUGCUGUGCGGGCGGGUGUUCGUGCCGUAUGCGAGCAAGGAUGGGAGCGCGUAUCUGGUAGAGGUGGAUGAGGAUUAUGAGCGGAAGGCGAGGACGGGGUGUGGGGAUCAGCAUAGGUUGUCGCUAGAGAAGCUCAUCGAGUCGGAGAAUCCGUGGGUGAUGAACUGUAAUCAGCCAAUAACGAAAUGGGUGACCAGAUUCUCGCUCUCGUUCUCGACGUCGAUUCCCGCGGUCGAGUUUGCCGAGGAGAAUAUGUUCCUCAUCGAGGACGAGUACGCCACUGGCUGGGACCGCUCCUCUGGCGCGCCACCUGCUGAACAGACGAUGACCGACGGCUGCGGCUUCAUCAACCGCGCUGCCCUCACCGACAUCGGUCGUCGCUUCUCCCUCCCAUACGGCAUGCCUACCGCUGUGCAGGGGCGCGUAGCAGGCGCGAAGGGCAUGUUCCUCCUACAUCCAUACGACAAGCACCCGGAACCGAGGGUGUGGAUCCGCGACUCGCAGAACAAGAUCAAGCUUCCGAGGUUGGAGAGGUGGCAUCGGAUCCUGGACUUGUUGAAGUUCGCGCAGCAGCCCAACCCAGAAGGCUUCGACCUCUCCGAGCAGGCCGUGCUCAACCUGUCCCACAACGGCGUCCACACCGAGGACUUCACCGUCCUUGCCCGGAACGGCCUCCGCGAGCGCGCCGCGCCGCUCCUCAACUGGACGCAGCCCGCCGGCGCGUUGUGGAAGGCGGUGAGCGACAUCGGGAACGUCACUGGCUCGCGGCGCGUGCGCGGGAGCCAGGUCAUGCACAGGCUGGUGAGCGGGUAUCGGCAGACAGGGGCGGACGAGGAUCUCCCGACGGGGGAUGAGGACCAGAUGGAGGCGGCGUUGACGGGGAGGGACCCGUAUAGUGGAGCGCCGAGGUCGGUCCACGAGCAAGUCGUCGAGCUCCUGCAGGCGGGGUUCAAGCCGCAGGAGUGCGAGUACUUGCGCAUCAAGAUGGCGAAGGUGCUCGACAUGGUCUGCCAGUCCGCGGUGGAAGACUACCGGGUGCCGGUGCCGGAUUCGAGGGGGUUGAAUGCGUUUGUGGUCCCCGACCCGCUAGGUGUGCUGAAUGAGGACGAGAUCUUCUACAUGCCGUCGCCGUCGUUCAUGGAUCCGAAGGAGCAGGUCAUGGUCCAAGCAGUGGAGGGCGAGGUCAUUGUGAGUAUUGCCGACCUCUAUCCCAUCCGGCUACCGUCUGAUCUACGGAAGGUCAAGGCCGUCAAUCGCCCUGCUCUACACCAGUAUACGAAUGUCAUACUCGUGCCUACGGUCGGCGAGCGUUCGCUAGUCAGUCUGCUAUCUGGCGGUGAUUGCGAUGGAGACAUCCUCUUCAUGCUCCGCGGCAUCUUCACCAAGAAUUUCGUGAACCGCCCCUACUCCGCGCCCACGCCCGACUUCAUGAGCCGCAACUUUGAGAAGGAGCGCGAGACCAUUGCCGACUUCUGCGGGCGCGUCGCCCAGUACGGCUCGCACGCGGAGAGGCAGGCGGCGCUCGCGCGGGUGUUCCUGGCGGAGCUGGGCGACUCGAAGGUUGGGAUCUACAGCAUGUACCAUGAUAUGGCGAUCGCGGAGCAUGGGUACGGGGCGCCGGAGACGGUGCGGAUCGCGCAUAUGUUCAACACGCUCCUCGACGCGAAGAAGACGGGCGUGCGCGUGAAGCCGCAUAUUCUCGUCGAGGAUAUGAAGAGGUACAAGGGAGAGGUGCAGGAACACAAGAAGCCGCACGUCCUGCGCGCCCUCCGUUCCGUCGCGCGGCAGACGAAGGGCGAGGUCCUGAGCGAGUUCGCCCGGAUGGCAGACUGCACGUCCGCCGCGCCCGACGCCGCGCUCCUCGAGCCUCGUCGGCGGUGUCUAAGCGUUGGCUGCCUCGCCGACGAGGUAGCCGUUCUGGACGCCCACGUGCAGGCGAUUCAUGCACAGUGGCUGAACAAGCUGCACGGGCCGGAACAGGCGUGGAAGGUGCCUGGGCAUAUCGAGGAGGACGAAGCGCAGAAGAAGAGGAAGAAGAGGAGGAGGAAACCGGGAGAGGCGAAGGAGGAUGACAUGCUUGUCGUGACGCGCGCGUUUGCGAGCGUGCGGAACGAGGCGGCACUGGGUGGCGGGGAAGGGGACAAUCUCCAGCUGCUUCGCGCGACGGGCGCGCUGGACGCGGUGCUGGCGUCGUGCGCCUACACAGCGAGACCGCUGGGCUACUAUGCGUUCACGGUCGCGUUUGGCGAGCUGUGCAGGGUGAAGGCAAGGGCGGUGGGGGAUGUGGCGUGCGUGAGGACGGUGGACGAGGUGAAGACGAUCCCGUCCUCGGCGUUACCGUAUCUGAUGGGGGAGGAUGAGGACGAUGGGUGGUAG